CCGCGUUUUCCGCUUGGAAAUUUUUAAAAGACGCUGCCAUCCAGCGGCCUGGAACAUUUGUAAUCCGACGUUAGAAGUCUGCGGAUCGUGGCCAAAAAGCAGAGUGUCCCCAGCCAGCUGGUAGAAGAUACUGUCAUUCCGACUCCUCCUGACUCUGGACUUCUCGCGUGUGUGUCUGUCUGUGUGUCCGAAGAUUUGGAGUUACUGUUAGUUGACACUAAUACGAGAGCGUGUGAAAUACGAGAAAUACAAGAAAAACCGAACGUGAAUCGCGAGUGCAAAAAGUAAAGAAAAUAGAAAGAAGAAGAAAAAACCCAAACAAACAAAAAAAAAAGAAUAGUACGAAAAAUCGAUAUAAGAAAACCUGAAGAAAACGAAACUCAGCAAUCGUGGUCAAAAUGGUGCGGUUAAGUGCAGCCUGGAGCUGCUGUUUUUUGGCCCUGAUUGCGUUGGUAUCCACUGUCGCCUCCUCCGCUGCAGAUUAUCCGGGUGUCAUCGAACUGGUGGGCUAUAGCAACCGCCGCGCACGGACUUACUUCCAGGAGCAACCCCGCUCCAAUCCCAAUCCCAAGCCCGGUUUGACUUCGGCCAAAACCCGGGCGGAUAUUGAGACUGUGAAGAGGAAUAUCCGAAAAUACGAUCGUUUGCUGGAGUUGGAUACGAAAAAUCUGCCCGAGCAGCAGAAGGAUAUGCUCGCCAGGAUUGUGGAGCGGGUGGCCAGGCUCAAGGAAUCCCUGGACAUUGAGGAGCAGCAGUUUAACCAGCAAGAAGCUACCUCCUCCAGGAGCAGUAGUAGUAGUACCACCACUAGUACCUCCAGUACCCAAGAAUCGCAAACAGAAGCGGAAACGGAGCGGGAUCAGGAGGCGAUCGAGCAGAGCACGCAGCUGCCCACUGGAGCCACCGAAGCUGAAACGGAUCCCACCCUAAUCCUAGACGAAACCACGCUGCUGGAGCUGCAAAACACGAUGAACGAGCAGGCUGCCAUGAGCACCAUAAUGAAGGAAAUGCCCACGACCACGGAUAUGAGUCAGCAGGAAGCGGAAUCGGAGGCCACCGACGAGGAGGGAGAGACCACCUCACCCAAUCUGACCACCCAAUCGGAGGCAGCGACCACCAGUGAUGAGUCCCUCACCGCUUCCACUGAUCCCGAUGAUCAAUUCGUAGCUGCCAGAUCGAAUAACAACAUAGCGGCCAUAACGGCAGCGGAUGAUGCCGAUGGCACCACCACAACCACCGCGAAUACGGGCAGUCAGCAGCGCACGUUGACCACCAUGGGAAAACUGAAGAAUCGGGCCACCAAGCGACCCUUCGCCCACAAGGUCACCGCCGCCCUGAAACGAGGAGGUCAGCGUCCGAGCAGCGUGAGUGCGGCAGCUGCGAGUGCGGCAGCGGCCUCAAAACCCAGUAGCAGCACCACCGCCGCCAGUAGCACCACCCAAAAACAGAAAUUGGCCACCAACAGUUUCCAGCAGAAGCAGCAGCAAGCGAAGCCACUGCAGAAGGUGACACCCUCGAUCGGCGGAGGUGGGUCAUCCAACCCGUCCUCGGCAUCUAUUCCCUCGGCUACCACAAAUUCCGCAGCUCCCGCCUUGCCCAUCGAGCAGUUGUAUACCCGUACUCCCCAGGCCAAUAUCCCAUUGGCAGCAGCGGCGGCAGCAGCAGCAGCAUCCUCAUCCGCAGCGGCGGCAGCAGCAGGAUCAGCAGGAUCGGGUGCCACGCCGGCCACCUACAGCAGCCAGCAUGACAGCAUGGUCUACGAUGGACAUGUCAAUGCGUCGGCCUUGAUCGACAGCCUGAACACAAACGCUCGGGAGGAAUACUACCAGCAGAAACUAGGAGCAGGCAACAAGGAUAACAAGGUAAACAUCUCUCCACCACAAUGACCAUUUAGAGUACGUGAUUCGGAAAACAAAGAGGCGGCCAAGAAAGCCAAGAAAAAGUCCAGGUUUUUGGCCCCCCCGAAUUGGCGCAAAGUUUAUUAUGCGAUUUAGCGGUUAAAAGCGGCAAUGACAACAAACAAACCAAAACAUUUUGACCCCUUUGCUGGCCUCUUGGUUGGGGUAAACGAGCAGACCUGAAGUAUGAGCCAUCAAAUGGUUAUGGAUUCGAUUCAUACACACCAACUUCUUCUCUUUUUUUUUAAGUGAAUUUGUUCGACAUGUUUGCCUUGAACAAAUGUACACAGAAAACGAAUGGAUUUGGGGCCUAUUUGGGUUAGUUUUUUAUGAGUAAACUGCGAAAGAACGCCGAAGAAAGUGAUAGCUAAUCGAGAUUUGAACGAGGAAAGUGAUUUUUUAAAAGAAUUUUACAUGAAAGCGAACAGGAAAGGGAGAAUGGUAUUCGGAAUUUUAAUAGAACCAAAAACAAAAGAUGUAAUCAAAGCUUAAAGUAUUAUUUACAAUAAUAUUCAAUGAAAUUUUUUUAAUAUAUUCAUAUUCAUUAAAAAUAGGAAUAUGAUAUCUAAACAAUAUAAUAUACCCAAGUUAAGUCUUGCACAUCGAUAACUUUUAGCUGAGAAUCAACAGAAAGUAGCACCAAUAAUUCACUUAAAACUUUCCAAAUUUCAAAUGUAAACCUUUUCCGGCAAUAAGAAGUCAUGUUCCAAGCAUCCGGCUAGCCCCACUUCGUAAUAUUACCGACUAAUGUCAGACUUCCCCUGGGUAUCAUGACCAAAUCGUUACCGUAAUGGCAGCAACAUUAAUUCUGUCCCACAAAGUGUCCCAAAGAACGGUGGCCCGGCCGGAGUAACUCAGUAACUCAUAAACGUGCAUUAAAGACCAUAUCAUAGCUGGCAUUUAAAGUCAUUAAAGGUUCAACAAACCUUAACCAACGAGCCGAAAGAACUGUUAAGGACCGGACCGGACCGCAGCGGACCCCGAUGGCCACGAAAACUAGAACAAUAAACUCGGCCAGCAGCAGUGUUUAACAAAAAAAAAAAAAAAAUGAACAAAAAACCGAGAAAAAAACACCCAAGUACCGAGAGGGGGCAAGAAAUGUAAAAAUAUUAUUAUUACGGCACUGGGCAUUAAAGCCAAAUGUAAUCCGGAGCAUCUGGCCGCCAACAACAGGGCUUAUGACCAAACACAAAAUACCCUAACUUGACCCGAAUGGCAUUAGAGAAACAACUAGAACAAAUUAGCGCUCGCUCUGCGGUUGACACAUUAAACGGAUUCUGAUUCUUCGAUUCUUCGGAUUCAGUUUCAUCGAAUUGGCCAAGAUGACAAUUAUGAACACGUCUUUGGCCGACUGCUUGAAUUGGGUAUGGAAUGUAGUGCUUGCUGUUGGAUUAUUCAACUAUUUUUUACCCUUUUUCAUUGCCAGCCAAAUCAUGUAAUUGCCUUGUAUGCAUCUUGGUUUUUUCUCACUGCACAGAAAAAAAAUAAUAUCUGCUUCUGCGAAACAUUAGAGUAGUCAAUUAUUUUGUUGUAUAAUAUCAUUUUCAUAUUAACUGUGCGUAUUCGUCUUUUUUCUCAAAUUUUAGUUACAUAAAGUUAGGAUCAUUAGUACGCAUAAUCUCUUUUUUCGUGUGCAUCUGCUACCUCUUUCUUUCUUGCAAUCUGUAUCUGCAAUCGUCAUCUUCAUCUUCAGCUCCACCUUUGUUUGCCGUUUGACAAGUUAUGCGCGGAAAAACAGCGCAGAAACAAAAAAAAAUUGUAACACCGCCUAAGAUGGAUAUCAGUUACGCAUGCGCAGCGCAGAAGGCCGCAUCCACAAAGAGCCAACUUUGGCCAGCGUUCAGCGGCCUGAAUGUCUGGCAAAGAUCUGGAGUGGCUCAAACGAAAGAGUAGGGAAAAUAUGGCUUGGUUUAGUUAAAGUUACAUACCAACAAAGUAUAUUUAUCUGAACAUUGAUUUUAAAAGAGAAGAGUCUUAAAAUAUAUUAAUUCUUACAAUUCUUCUGGAUUUUUAAGAUGCACUUUCAGGGCAAUAAAGUUGACCUUUUCAAUGGGAGUAACUAGGUAAUUUUUUCUAGCAGUUUACAUCACUUAUUUUUAGAGCAAAAAGGAAAUAAUGUAAUGCUGAAAUAUCAUGACUUUAUUUCAUAUUUAGUGAAGUGCAUUUUUCUUUCAAUGGCAUAAGUCACUGACACACUAUGUUAGUAAGGCUUAUUAAAAAAAAUAAUUUCCUUUUAAGCAAGAAAUUUUACUACACGCUUAGUUAAAUUUAAAUGACUAAAACUUAUUAUUACUCCACGCGCUCUUGCCUAAAGAUAAUAACUUUUAACUGUGCAAUUUGUCUUUCCCCUCAAACAUUUUAUGAUGACGAAUCCAUAAACCGUAGUUUAACUUAAUACUCAGGCUCAUACGCAAAAUAUCCGUUGGCCUGCGAUUUUUCCCAAAUAACUGGGCAAUUCUGGUAAACGAAAAACAACAAAAUAUAAAUAUCGGCAAUCAGGCUGUACGAUUUAUUGAACAUUUUAAUUACAACCUGCGGACAUAAACAACUUGAGAGUGUUGAGAGUUUACGAGAGCUUGGGGCUACUCAGAAAACACCGAAAGACCAAAAGGCCAUUGAAAUCGAGGAAUAGGAAAAGGCUAGCCAGCUGGAGGUUCCACCAAUGCGAAUGACUUUUACCGGGUUUGCGGUUGGAUGCUGUGCGGGAUGAUGAUGAUGGCCAAAACGGUGAUGAUGAUGAUAAUUAUCAAUUGCCCGUACGGCGCAAAGGGGAAAAAGCGUUAGGCAAACAAACAAAUAAAUAAUGGUAAACAAACAAACAAACAAAUAAACAGACGCCUUUGUGCCGGGAUUUGCAUGAGAAA